GGCAUAUACGGCCGUGUGCAGCGCCCGUCAUCCCAGCAUCGAUCCCAAGCGGCAGUUUGACUGCAGGUGAAUUAAUAUCCCGCUUAUGCGCGAGCUCACCCCGCGAAAGAUGCAACGGUGAGAAAAAGGAGAAAUCAUGCGAAGGGUACACUACCCCACUCAACAAUUGUUAAUAUACUCGAAUUAUCUACAAGCUACAAAAACUCGAGCUAUUCCGCCGAACAUGCGCUGACAUUUCACCGCACCGUUCAGUCUGUCCAGCUGCAAACUGGGGAUUGAAGCUGCUAGGCACAAUGACCUCGUCUCCAUCCCUCCUCACAACCCUUCUCUUUCUACUAGCCCUCGUAGGCCACGGAGCCUCUACCCUCUCCAAAGCCCUCACCCGCGACGUCGCCAUCAUCGGCGGUGGCGCCAGCGGCACCUACGCCGCCGUCCGCCUCUCCCAGGACCUCAACACCAGCAUCGUCCUCAUAGAAGCCCAGGACCACCUCUCGGGCCACGUAUCCACGUACAUCGAGCCCAGCACAAACACGCCCAUCGAUUACGGCGUCCAAUCGUACAUCAACUACGGCCCCGCCGCCAACUUCUUCGCCAGGUUCGGCGUCGAGACGAAACCCUUUGCAGCGCGCAGACUCACGAGCGUGCCCGUGGACAUCGAGACGGGUGCCAGGUUGACGGGUUACACGCCACCGAGCUUGAACGCUACGAAUGCGGGUUUCGCGGCUUGGCUUGCCUUCGUUGCACGGUUCGAAACGAUCCUCGACGGCCCUGGGUAUUGGGAUUUCCCAUCGCCGGAUCGUAUACCGUCGGACCUGCUCCUCCCUUUUGGUGAAUUUGUGGCCCGGCAUCCGGAGAUCGCGCCCUCUAUACCGCGCAUUGCCGCCAUUUCCGGCAUCGGUGCGGGAGGGUUUAAGCAGCUGUUGACGAUCGAUGUGGUGGUGGCGUUUGGAGCGCCGAUUACGCGGGAUGUCAUUGCGGGCGGCUUCAUCGUGCCGGUGGUGUCGAACAGUCUGGUGUAUCAGCGAGCGUACGAGGUGUUGAAGAAAGACGUUUUACUCCGCUCCCGGAUCAAGAAGGCAGAGCGCCGUGACAAAGGCGUGCGGCUCGUCGUGGCCACCCCGGAAGGCGACGUCCUUGUGAAGGCGAAACGCGUGCUGUGGACGCCGUAUCCCAGCCUCGACAGGAAUCUGGUGCCGUUCGAUGUCAAUCAGAAGGAGAAGGAUGUGUUUGAGAGUUGGAUCGUCUCUCCGUCGUUCGUGGGCGUCCUCAAGGUUCCCUGCAUACCGGAGAACUACUCCAUCGAUUAUAUAGCACCCGCCGCAGUCCCGGCCGACUAUCUCGCUGUGCGAGACCACCGCUAUACACUGCGGUUAGACAGUACAGGACCAAAGGGCCUCGGUCUCUUCCGUGCCCUCCUCUCUACCAAUUACUCCCUCACUGUCGAGGAAGCGAAGCAAAUUAUUGCUGGGGACAUCCAGAAACUGGUGGAACAAAGAACAGUUGAGUGGUCGGGAAGCUGUGAUGUCGAGUUCAAGGCUUUUGCAGAUCAUACGGGGGUAAUGUGGCCGACACAAGAUAAGGAGGAGUUGGAGAAGGGAUUCGUGCAGAGGUUGUAUGCGUUGCAGGGAUAUAGGAGUACGUGGUGGACUGGCAGGAGUUUCAGUGCGUAUUAUAGUUCCAGUGUGUGGGCGUUUACAGAAGGGUUGCUGGAAAGGUUGUUGAAGGAUUUGAAGGGAGAGUGAGGGGGAUGUUCUAGGUAGAUGUUAGUUAAGAUGUUAGUUAAGGUGGGCUCGGUCUGCCAGGCUCCGGAUAUCAAGUGCGAAUCCCGAGUUUCGACACGAUUUUGAGCCUCAGGAUUCGGCAGUCUUGAGAACAUCCAGCAACAAUAUGUGCAGUCCUCAUGAGGAUCGGCUGCAGAAGUGUCGCAAGAAAGGCCUUCAUGCAUGCAUGACUUUUCGUCCGAGGUAUUUAGAUGAGGAAUAAGGCGUCCCA